AUGCCGUCGUCGCCAUCGCCUCCCACCCUCUGCACUCUCCUCCCCUCCUCCUCCUCCGGCCACCCCCACCCCCACUACAGCCCGCGCCAUACGACGCUGCAGCAGCAGGCGCUUACGCCACCGCCGCCGCCGCGCCGCCUCCAUGGGGCGGACCGCCGCCUCAGCGCGCUCGUCCACCGCGGGGACCUUGACGCGGCGCUCCGCCUCGUGGAGUCAUCCCUUCGCCCGCCCGACGUGACGCUGGCCAACAGGCUCGUCCGCGACCUCUGCCGCCGCGGCCGCCCCGCCGACGCCGAGCUCGUCCUCGGGGCCUGCGGGCCCGCGGCCACCGUCGUCACGUACAGCGCCCUGACCGAUGGGUACUGCCGGGCGGGGCGGCUCGGGGACGCGCGCCGCGUCGUGGAGGGCAUGCCCGUGCAGCCCAAUGCGUACACCUACAACCCGCUCAUCCACGCGCUCUGCAAGCGUGGCCGGGUCACGGACGCGCUCUCGGUGCUCGACGAUAUGCUUUGCCGCGGGUGCGCCCCCGACGUCGUCACCUACAACAUCCUCGUCGAGGCGACGUGCAAGGGGAGGGGGUACCGGCAGUCCAUGGAGUUGCUCGACCUGAUGCGUGCUGAGGGGUGCACGCCAAACAACGUGACGUAUAAUGUCAUCAUGGAUGGUAUGUGCACAGAAGGUGAUGUGGAUGACGCUCUCGAGCUAUUGAGAAACUUGCCCUCUUAUGGGUGCAGUCCGAAUACUGUCAACUACAACACUGUCUUGAAGGGUCUCUGUAGUGCCGAGAGAUGGGAAGAUGCCGAGGAGCUUGUAACACAGAUGCUCCAAGAGAAUUAUCCCCCGAAUGAGGCGACGUUCAAUGCGAUCAUAACUCCCUUGGGUCGAAAAGGACUGCUCCAGAAGGCAAUUGAGCUUCUAGAGAAAAUGUCAAAGCAUGGGUGCACGGCAAGUAUUGUCACCUAUAAUGCCAUCAUCAAUGGUCUCUGUGAGCAAAGGAAUGUGGAUGGUGCCUUGGGGUUACUAAGCAGCAUGAAAUCUUAUGGUUGUAAACCUGAUAUUGUCACCUAUAACACUCUACUGAAGGGAUUGUGUGGUGCAGCACGAUGGGUGGAUGCUGAAGAGUUAAUGGAUAAUAUGGCCCAAAAUGAUUGCAUCCCAGAUAAUGUCACAUUUAACACACUAAUUAGUUUCUUGUGUCAAAAAGGGUUGAUGGAGGAUGCCGUUGAAGUAUUUAAGCAAAUGCCCUACAAAGGCUGUACUCCAAAUUCUAUCACUUACAGUACAAUAAUAGGCGGGCUUGCCAAGGCUAGUAAGCUGGGUCAAGCCCUUGAGUUGUUCAAUGAGAUGGGCCACAAAGGAUUCAACCCAGAUAAAAUUUAUCAGUUAUUAUCUGAGUGUAUGAAUGAAGAGGAUAAAAUUGAGGAAGCAAUUCAGACGGUUCGCAAACUGCAAGAUUCAGGCAUAUCACCCCACACUGUGCUCUACAAUGCAAUCCUGCUAGGACUUUGUAGAAAUGGCAAAACAGAGUUUGCUAUUGAUAUCAUGGCUUACAUGGUGUCUAGUGGUUGCAUGCCUGAUGAUUUGACUUACGUCAUACUCAUUGAAGGUCUGGCACAUGAGGGCUAUUUGAAUGAGGCAAGAGAACUGCUCAACAAGUUGUGCACUAGAGAUGUUCUUGUUAACAGAUUGAUAAGGAGUGAAGCACUGUUGUUAGAUCAAAAUAUCCGUGCUUGAUUCAUGCUGAGGUCAAGGGCUUGCUCGUUCUUUUGACUUAAUUUAUGUCACAGUGAAUUAGUGAUGCAGUAGGUUAGCACUUACAUAUUGCUUCAGUUUUGUUGACAUGUUUAGUUACCCUUGUUUCAGUUGUAUUGUAGAUCAAAGAUUAGUUAUCAAUUUUCUUUAGUUAAUCAUGUAGAACGUGCUCCAAUUCUGUCAGUGUUGGCUGGUCUUAGUAGCAAGGAAAAUGUAUGGUUACAAAUCUCGUCAUGUUGGAAUGUAAAUA